AACACUUGGGUUGACCCGAUUGACAGACUGGUUAUAUUCCAACAGGGUCUGAGACAUAAACACUCGCCUGGUCGACCAGGGUCCCUGCUCCACCUGCUGGCCCUCGCCGGCCCCUGCUGGCUCCUGCUGGCUCUACCCCCUACAGCUGACCUUGCUGGUUCCGGUUAACUGCUGGCCUCGGCUGACUACUGGCCCCUAUUGUCCCCCUGUUGACCCCAACUCGCUACACAAGAUGGCAGAGCAGAAUGGGGAUGUGAGAAAUCCUUUUUUAAAAGGUCAAGGUAUGACCAAAGGUAGUGGGAUGAAUGUUAUUGGUUCUAGCACAGCAUCUGGCUCAAGCAGUAACAUAUCUGCUCGCCUACCUUCUUUUCGAGGACCACGUGACUUGACACUGUCAGCUUCAUCCUCUGCAACUCCUGUGAAGCCAUCCCUCAUGUCCAGAACUCGGAAAACAUUUUCUCCAAAUAUUCCUGUUAGGAGAGGGAAAACUGAAAUCAUAGAUUCUCGCUCGGAUAAGGCACCAAAACGUAAUCGUGAACGGGAUAAAAAAGAAGGGGGUAGAGGACGAGGGCGUGGAAGAGAGUAUAUUCAAACUACAGGCUCUCUAUUUGGUGAAGGGAUUGCUGCUGCUCCCCAAAAGCGAGGAGCAGUGGGAGGAUAUGGUGUUGGAGGAGGUGGUGCAGGUGGUGGUGGUGGUACUGGAAAAGCUGGAGAACCUGGCUUCAUACAUAAACCUGUUCUUAAUCUGGACACAGUCAACAAUAUUGACACGGAACAUGAAGACCAAAAAUUGAAAGAAAUAUUGCGAGAUGACUUUAUUGAUGACCCAGAUGAUGUUAUUGGACGAGAUGGUAAUGGUGAUCUUUUUCCCGUACAACUACCAAUGGUAGACACGGGAAGAGUGUUUAAGGAAGAAGAUGAGGGAAAAGAUGUAAAAGAAUUUAAACAUGAUGCCUCUGCCGAUUUAAUAGUUGAUGGCAUUACAGUUAAAAGUGAGCCAGUUGAAUCCAAUGAAGCUUUCGAGUCUUUAGACAAAAAAAUUCCAAAGGUAGAAGAUAAGAAAGUGCCUGUGAAGGGUGGCUUACCAGCUAGAGAAAAAGCUCCAGAACCUAGUGUCGCUCAACUUUUAGCAGGAAAACAUGAAGAUUUCAUGUUCUUUCAGCUGCCAAACUCUCUUCCAAGUCAUCCACCAGAAGUCAAACAAGAACCCACUGGUACCCAAUUACAAACUCAAGCUAAACAGCAGAAGGAAACAGUUUCUAAGAAUAUAGACCUAGAUGAGGAUGGUGACCAGAAAUCCAAUCACCAAUAUUGUACACUAAAAACAUUACCUGAAGGGCAGAUUGGAACUUUAAAGGUUUACAAGUCUGGCAAAGUAGAACUAUGGCUUGGUGAACAUAAGCUCACUGUAAAUAAAGGGACCCAAGUAGGAUUUUUACAAGAUGUAGUUAAUGUGGAAGUUGAUGAAGAAAAUAAAACUGGUUCUAUGACUGUUCUUGGUCACAUCGGACAUCGGCUUGUUUGUACCCCUGACUUAGAAUCUCUCGUCAGACAGAAGAAAACCUAGCAUAAGUCCUAGUACUAGUCACUCUACGUUGUUUCACCACCCUUUUUGUUAUGAACUAAGCUUUAAGGUUUAUUUUUUAUAAAUGUAUCUCAUAAGAGAUUUUUUUAUUCAAGAUAUACUUAUGAGUCCCAUGAUGUGGAUGCUCUUUUUAAAUUAAGGAUUUUCAUUUAUAAAUAUUUCAUGAAUUUGAGCUUUUUAUGUCUUAGGUUAAACAAAAUUAAUUACUUUUCAUCAAAAACAAGUUAUACAUAUAUUAAAUAUUGUAUACAUAUGUAUUCUUUAACAAAUUAUUUUCAAGGACUAAAUUUAUUUGACUGAUUUAUUUAACCUCUUGCUAUUUCACUGUACCAUACCUAUGGUAUAACAAUACUUUUUUGUUUAAGCUUUUAGCUUAGGCAUUUAUUGAAGGUUACUUUAAUGUUUAGAACAUUAUUACAAUUACUACAGUAAUUUAAAAAUAAAAAGUUCUCCAACUCCAGUCCCUCAUCCACUACCUUUUUCCCUCAAGGUAUAUAUUUCAUCACUGAACCAUGCUCAGUCUGUCAUUUCUAGCAUGACAGGUUAUGGUAGUUACAUUUAUUAUAUGUCUAAAGCUCUUGUUAAUGAUCCAUCAAUAUGAACAGUAAUAUUUUUUUAAUGAGAAGUCAAAUUCCUAAAUGUAAGACACCAUCAUUCAUGAUGACACUCAUUGUGAAUGCUGGUGUCUUACAUCCUGGUAAGAUGAACUUUAUUUUAUUCCGAUUAUGGGUAAUGACACCACGGCUCUUGUGCACUGUUUUUAGUCAGUUGAGGGUGGCUUCUGCUCCCUCACCUGUUUACUGUGCUGUCUUACAAGCAAACACACCUGAUGAUUUGGGGGCACCUGUUUGAGUUUCUUCUUCUUCUUCUGUCCCCGAUGACUGGCUUGAUGCUGUUGUUCUUCCUAUUAAGAAGUCUGGUAUUGGAGGACCUUCCCUAAAGAUUUAUAUCUCAUUGCCUUAAUAAGUUCCAUUUGUGAACUCUUUCAGCGCAUGACUGUUGGUCUCAUGUGGUUCCUGGAACAUCGUGGCUGCCUUUUUUCCUUCUCAAUUUGGGUUUUUGAAAUGUCACAGCACGAUGGAUAUUUUGGUAGAGGUCUGCAUCUGUACUGCCUUUGCUGUGAAUUCCUCUGUUGUAGCAGUUUUUUCAACUUUGAAAAAGCUUAUUACACCACCUGGAGGUACAAUAUUCUUUCCCAGCUACAUUCCUCUGGCCUUUAUGGCAAUCUCCCACUUUUCCUUUAAAGCUUUCUCUCUCAUUGCUCAUUCCAGGUGAAGGUUGGUGCUGCUUACUCUUUUCUCUUUUCUUUUCAACUGUUUAAAGGUGUCUCCCAUGGUAGUGUUCUGAGAACUACUUUAUUUCUGGUUGGCCUGAAUGGUCUUUCAUCCUCACUUCCCCCUGGCAUUUUCUCAGCCCUUUAAGUUGUCAAUCUCACCCUCUGCUGUUGUGGAGAUGACCCCUUCUUCCCUCCAGCGUCUGCUCCAACUUGCGAUUGAUAAUGUAGCAUCCUGGACCAACAAUCAUGGCUUAUAGUUUUCUGCAUUCAAGACUUGUACUAUGACUUUUACCUGGAGGCAUGUCUUCUAUCAUCCCCAGUUAUCACUCUAUGGUUGUUUCUUUGCCUAUCGGGUAAUUGCAGAACUCUUAGGUUUGAUCUGUGACACCCAUUUGUCUUGGUUGCUCCAUGCUGCUCACUCCGAGUUGCCUGCUCUAAAGCCCUUACCUUGCUUAAGGGUUUGUCCCAUACAUCCUAGUAGGCUGAUAUGCUCACACUUCUUUGUUUGCACUCCUCUUAUGUUCUGUUUAAACUCAAUUAUAGCUGCUUGCUUAUUCCUCUGCCUCUUCCUCAACUAUUCAUUGUCUUGAUCUGCACCAUGCACACCCAUAGCUCUGGUGCCUUUCAUUCAUCCCCUUUCUGGAGUUUGUUUGUUGACAUUGGCAUCUUGUCUACAGAAUCAUCAUGAUUACUACUGCCUCCUUUACCUUGCAUGGUCCUUCCAACAUCCCUUCUCUUGCUUAUGCCAUUUAUCACAAGGGCAAUGCUUUCCCCUCACCACCUUCUUUUUACUGAGGGUGGCAUGUUUACAUAAUUGUCUCAGUUGGCAAUAACACAGGGGGGGCCCCACCCCCUCCUGUUCUUUCCUUUUCUCCAUGGAAUGUUCCACUGGUGAAAUUUUGUAUGACCUUAACCCACAUGGUAAAGGCUUUUAAUGUCCCCCACGCACCUGCAAUUUUGAGAAGCUUUUUCUAUGAACAUUUUUCUUCUCACUCAGAUUCUGUUCUUUUGUUCACUGAUGAGUGUAAGUCUGCUGACAGUGUUACGGCAGAACUUUAUGCCAUUUUACAUGCUCUUUAUCAGUUGUAUUCUGUCACUGCUCUUUUGUCAUUGUAGUUGACACUCAAAGAGUGCCCUCAUGGCUGUGGAGUCUUGUUAACCCUUUGCAUCCUGUGGUAACCAAAAUGCAGUACUGGCUGUUUCUUAUUUUUAUGAGUUACAGUAUAAGACAAUUGAAUUUUGUUGGGUUCCCAGCCAUAUUGGGAUUCCCUCAAAUGAACUCGCUGACACUGCUGCUAUGAAGGUCAUUUGUACUUGCAUCAUUUUCCAGAAAGGGGUUCCCUAUUCAGAUUUCUAUCCAGUCAUUCAUGCCGCUAUCCAUAACUGUGUCGUUGGGCUGGCAUUACAGGUAAUAAACUGAGUGCUCUUAAGUGUGACCUUUCCCUUUGCCUUCCUCCUGCCACCGUAAUAGGCGUUGGGAGAGGGUGUAGUGCAUAUCGGUCACACCCACCUGACUCGUGGUCACUUAAUGGAACAGCAUCCUGCCCCCAUUUUGUUUAAUGUUGCCCCACUUAGUCUAUUGAUUGCAUUAUCAAUUGCACAGAUUUUCAAAAUGCUAGUGUCUUGCUUUCCUGAUGACCAUAGAGGUCGGUUGUCUCAUUUGCAUCCGUGGUGAUUCCAAUACCUUUGUUAUUGUUCACCUCCUGUUCUCGUUUUGGCAUCUUGAAAGAUAUUGAGCUCCUUUUGUAUUCCUUACGACUUAGUGUUACGUGAUCUACCUGGCUUGACAGUUUCUUUGAUGGUUAUUUACUUACCUGUUUGGGUUGUUGACUGCCUGCUGGAGGAGUCACCCAUAUGGGCAAUCCUGUCUGGAUGGAUGUGGAUGUCUAAGCUGUGGUGUGAGAAGAAAAGGGGGGGUCUCUGCACUGCCCUCAGACUGCCCAAAGAUAAUUUAAGAUGGUAAUCAAUUCCAGCUUUAAUAGCCAAUGUUUUGGCUAACUCAUCAGUUUUAUUCAGAGACCAAUAUGAGAAGGAAUACUCAGGAGACAAACCCUGAGUCCAUUGUUAUUUCAUUGUACAUUAUCUGUGUCUAGCUUCAGAUACAAGCAUGUCACAGUUAUGCCUUGGGGAGAUGUGCAGUCAAGGAUGAAAAGAAGUCACCUAUAAUUAACAUGUCGACUUGGCAAAGAUUAUGGCAAACAUUUCUGUUUGAAAAGUGGAGACCUAGUUAUUUAUAUGAGCUCCCCAACACAGGAGUUGGAACCAUCUCUUACUGUCACAACAUCUGCACUUCUGGCUGCACAUAGGACUGAUGCAGCCAUCAAUGUAAAUAAUUUGGGAGAGUGAACGCUCCUUGAAAAAAACAUCAAUUUGGCUUAAGACAUUGUACUGUGUUUCCUGGCAAAGCAUGGGCUGUUUUUAAUCUGCUUCUUGGGUGGGAAAUUGGGCAUAGUAAUUUGGAAAGGGGUGAUCUUCCAUGUGAUAGGAAAGUGCCAUUGGUUUCUCUCUUGGUAGACAUAUGAACAUUAUAAAUUCUGAGUACAGUUGCAGUUUUUGUAAUACAUUUGAAGGAAUGCUGACCUUCAAGAAAGAAGGCUUGGAGAGCUUCAGUGCAGUGGUUGGGUAGGGUUUGCCUAAGCACCUUGAUACCAAUUAAAGCAUUGAAUUCAAUAAUCAAUGCAUAUAAAUACUCUACUUAUACAUGGAGUAUUCAGUUCCUUCCUCAUGUUUAGUACUGUAAUUUUGUUGUAUGGGGAUUCUUCUUUGCUUUGCCAAAUAAAAUGUCCAGCCUGUUCAUUAUGUCCUUAUACCAGCCCCAGCAGGAAAACAUCCUAUUAUAUACAUCCCUAAAACAAAAGACUGUCUACAUAUGUCACCCCUUGUAUAAACAUCAGAGGUCCAUGGUUCUUCAACAUCCUACCAGCAGGUAUAAGAAAUAUUGCUGGAACAAGCAUGGACAUCUUCAAGAGAAAACUAGAUAGUUUUCUUCAGGAAGUGCCGGACCAACCGGGCUGUGGUGGAUAUGUGGGCCUGCGAGUCAUUACAAGCAACAGCCUGUUGGACCACACUCACAAGUCAAGCCUGACUGAGUCAGGCUUGGGGAGUAAAAGAUCUCUCAGAUCCUCAUCCAGGUACCCAAGAAUCCUCAGCAACCAGGAUUUUCCUCCUUUUUCUGGGGGGUGUCAACACUUUCACCUUAUUUACUGGAUUCCUGCAUAUGUUCUCACAGGUAUGAAACUACUGUAAAUUACCUAUAUACAACAUAUAACAGAUAGUUUUUGAACAUGCAUGUUUAAUAAUAAAAGCAUCUUUAUUUAUCAAAUAUGACCCCAAAAAUUUAAAGUUAUAACUUUAAAGAACUCCACAGGUAUGGUAUGACAUAGCAAAGAGGUUAAUGUGCCUUAGUCACUAAAUUGUAUAUGAAUUAUUUUAAACUUUUUCUAAAAUAGUAUUGAUGAAUCUUGAGAAAAAGUAUUGGUUUUAAAAGUCUACAAUGUGAAAAAGUAGGUUUACUAUCCAUGUACCAUAAAUACCUAAAGGACUUUGAUAGUGGUUUGUAAUUGAUACAUUAAAUGAAAUUUGUAUUCA